AUGUUGAAGAUCAAUACAAGAUUCUGUUUUCUAUUUAUUCUGAUCGUUGUAUUCAGUUACUCACACCCAACAAAACAGCGAUUGACAUUCGAUGAGUUCUUUGAUGCUACUGCCUUUUCAACAUUGAGUCUCUCGCCAACAAAUGAACACUUGUUCUUCGGAACACGUCGUGCAUCGUGGAACACAAGUUCAUUUGAAAGCGCUCUUUGGAUUUAUGAAAUUCAGAAACAAACAACAAAACUUAUCACACGAAAUCAUCACAAAACAAUUCAACCAAAAUGGUCACCGAAUGGCCUUUGGAUUGCAUUACUACUCGACCAAACAUCAGCCAAUGCCACACAUUCGGAUCUUCAUGGGCAAUCUACUUCAACUCAUUCCCAAACACAACAAUGUAUUCAUCUAUAUUCCAUUGAAUCGAAUGAAUUACUAUCUGUUGAACUAGGAGACGCUCUUCCCUUAGAAUUUACUUGGUCCGAUACUGAUCUUUCACUUUAUGUUGCUGCAACUAACAAACCACUGCCGUCGACGGACGACGAAUGGAAAGAUGUUAUUGAAUACCGGAAAAGUAAAAGUUAUGAACACAGUUCGAUUAUUCAAGUUGAUAUCAUUUCACCAAAAGAGUCUUUAUCUGUGCAAACGACCGUUGUUAGCAAUCUAUCGUUUUUUAUUAGUGAAUUGAUAUUUGCUCCCACAGAACAAAAACUUUUUGUCAUAUCUGCAUCACUCUUAAUGGAAGAUUUGAAUCUUUUUGAAAUCUAUUCAAUUGAUCUCCGGAAUACAUCUUCACCACCUGUUCGGUUGACACACAAUGAAGAUUUCGAAAGUAAUUUAAAACUAUCACCGGACUGUCAACAUCUUCUAUUCCAGACGAACACUAUCAAUUCUAAUAAUAGGAAAUUGAAUAAUACACAAAUAAGUCUUUCUGCAUUAAAUUUACUUGAUGGACAAGUUACACGUUUAGCACAAGAUUUUCAUGGCAAUAUAAAUAAUUAUAUGCCGACAUCGGAUGGAAUUAUUUAUAUUCUUGGACAAUUAGGAACAGAAAUUCAUUUAUAUUCAUUAAAAUCAUUGUCAUCUGAUGUAAUCGAACAUGUUGGAUGGAACGGUAGUUAUGAGAUGCUCACCGUUACGGACCAGCACUCAAUGGCAAUGGUCUAUUCUUCGACAGAUACACCUCAAGAGAUUUAUUUUAUCAAUGAUAUUGAUCAACUCCAAAAUGCACAACCGAUUACUAGUGAAAAUCAAUUAUUCACUGAACGUGAUCUACCACGAGCUUUGCCUUAUCGAUGGCAGAAUAAAGAUGAUCACCGAACGAUCGAAGGAAUGCUACACUACCCGCCAGGUAAAUAUCUCUCGAAAAAUCUGCCACUUCUCGUUCUUAUCCAUGGUGGACCUUAUGCAGCAAGUAUUAAUCAUUUUUCGCCAAAUUGGUACACGUGGUCAGCGUUAGCUGCUUCCGAGGGAUGGCUCGUCCUAGAGCCAAACUAUCGAGGAUCAACAGGUUAUGGCGAUGCUUUUCUUCAAGAACUACGUUAUCGACCUUUGCAAAUAGCUGGGCAAGACAUAUUGCAUGGCGUUGACCAAUUAAUUCGCGAUGGAAUUGCUGAUCCACAUCGACUUACAGUUGGUGGUUACAGUUACGGUGGAUUUCUAACGAACUGGUUAAUCACUCAAACAAAGCAAUUCAAUGCUGCCUUGUCUGGCGCAGGUUCCUUUGAUCAUACAUCAUCUUGGGGUACGAUGGAUAUACCGACACUCCUUACACAUUUAUUCGGUGGUUAUCCAUGGGAAACGCCUCAUAUCUAUCAGAGCCAGUCUCCCAUCUAUCAAGUAGAUCGAAUACGAACACCAACAUUAAUAACAACUGGUGAAGCUGAUAUACGAGUGCCAGCAAGUCAAAGUUACAUUAUGGAACGUGCACUAUACUAUCGAGGAGUACCAGUUAAGUUGUUUGUUUUUCCAAGAGAAGGACACGAACUAUCCGAUAAUCCUUGGCAUGGAAAAAUCAAAGCUCGCGAAGAAAUAAAAUGGUUAAAACAAUACGGACAUCAAUCAUUUUUGUAG